UUCAAUCAUGAUUUUACAAUCAUUGUAAUAAAUAAUCAAUUCAUUCGAAAUAAGUAGAUGUUCAAUCACAAAUCAAAUGAAUGAAUUUUGCCUAAACGCAAUUACAUUUCUGUCAUUUUCCUGGAAAUUUGUCAUUCAAUCAUCAACAACGAAUGAUAAUCUUGUUUUCAACAUUAAAGAAAACAUUUUAUUCUCAUAAACAUUGUGAAAUUUUUAUCAUUUUCACUUUGAUCAAUUUUAAUCAUUAAAUGAAGAUUGUCACAGCUGAUGCAUGGAAUGAUUGCUAUGUCAAUCGAUAAUGAGAUUGAUUUAUUAGGAAAAAGCGUGCAAACAAAUUUGUAGAUUGAUUUAGAAAAACAUGAUACUUAUCAACAAAUUGAAUAUUAUUUGAAUUUCCGGAAAAUAAUCGUCACAUUUUACUUGAAAAAUAAAUAGUAAAAUUGUAAUGUAAUUUAAAAAAAAAAUUUCAUAUGCCCAAUGGAAGAUGGAAAAGAGCUUCCAUCUUGUUACAACAAUUGCAAUGAACAUCCACGGCCAUUAAUUUAGCUAGCCGGUCAAUCAGCUAUCUGAGCUAUCAACAAGUUUUACAACUUUGAAUGUCCAGCCUGCAGCUUGACGUAUAAGCAGCAUCAGUAUUUUAUUUUAUUAUUAUUUGUUGCUGUUUUUUACACUUUGAAGUCAUGUGUAGAUGGAAAUAUGAAUGAAUGAAUGAAAUCGAAUUAACAUUCACCACUAUCAUACGUCAUCAUAUAUAUCUUGUUUAAUGCAUCAAUCAAUCGUUGUCAAGAAUGAAGGUCUAAAUAAAAUCAGCAACGACGAUUAAUGACGUAAAAUUUUAAUGUAAAUAAUGGCUGAUAAUGAAAUCUGAUUCUUUUAUGAUUUUCACUGUUCAUAAUAAUGCUGUCCAUAGCAUCAUCAUCUAUGGAUGAAAAUUCAUUGGUACUCCGAACACAGGAUCCAAUAAAAUCUAGUCAUUAUUCCAUACGAAGAUUGAUUAUAUGGAUCACAUUAUUCGUCGCUAUUGCGCUUUUUUACAUGAUGGCAAAUUGUCCAAAUACAAACCAUUUAUUUUCUCAUAAUGAUGAUCAACAUUAUCUUGUGGGUGAAUUGACAAAAAGCCAUAUGCAAAAGAAGAAAUUAUGUCCUAUUUUUGGACAUGUCCAUGGACUUUUACCAUCGUUGAUGGUAAAACCAUUGAAGAAUGUUUCACGAUCAUACACAGUUCAACAGUUGACCGAAGAAAAACUGCAAAGAUUAUUCAAGAUUGCAAAACAUUAUAUGAACAAAAAACAAUUGAUGAAUUGCACUGACAAACAAUUCUACCAUAGUCACCGUGAGGCAUACAUAAAACGUCGAGCACGAUUGAAUCGUGUAUGUAAUUCUUAUGGAUUCUUGGAUAGAAUUUUCAACACAUGGCAUUUAUCAACAAAUCGUCGUCGGUUUAUGUCGACUCAUCGAUAUCAUCACUACGAACAUGACGAUGGAAGCAAUAAAACAAUAUCCGAUAAAUAUAAAUAUUGUAGCACGCGUACAUGUCCACUUUUAGUUAAUGACAAUCAUCGACUUGUAACGUGUUUUGUACAGAAAAUUGCUUCGACUACUAUCAAACGAUUGUAUUUAUACUUGAGAAAUCAGAAUCUAUCUGCCAUCGAUUCAAAUGAUACGAUUAAUCAAUCAUCAAUUGAACCGGUGGAUAAUUUAUCCAACUUUCAUUUUAAAUCAAAUGAUCAAUUGUAUCGAAUAUCGCCGACAUUUCUUGUACAUUCACGUGAAGCACAAUAUUAUAAGGCCAUAUUUGUUCGACAUCCAUUCGUACGAGUUGUAUCAGCAUUCAAAGACAAAGCUGAACGACAACCAGAAGAAGAACAGUAUUUUUACGAACGAUAUUGGAAUCCGUUACUGGAUAAGCUACAUGGAAAACAACAUGAUCCUACUCUUCGAGUAACAUUCAAAGAAUUUGUUGAUGAACUUUUAUUGCCAACGGAUCCAUAUCAAUAUGAUGAACAUUGGGCACCUAUUUGGACACGAUGUGAACCAUGUCUUGUGCAUUAUGAUUUUAUUGGAAAACUUGAAACAAGCGAAGAAGAUUUUCGUAAUUUUAAAUCCCGUGUAAAUGGCAAAUUAAUUAAUGUUACUGUAUGGGAGAAUCUAAAUGAACAAUUUAGUUCACCAAUCAAAAACAAUGCUUCAUCUUUAUUGUUGAAAAAAUGUCAACGACAACGAUUAAAAUAUGCUGAAACUAUUCGUUAUUUAUCACAGCUAUCAUCCAAAUCAUUGAUUGAACUAUAUAAACGAUAUUAUUUAGAUUUCGAAUUAUUUGGCUAUACAAUGGAUGAAUUAUUCGAAUUGAUAACCAAUUGAAAUUAUUUUUAUUCAUUCUACCAAAAAAAGUUUUUCCCUGUGAUA